UGUUUAUUUGUUUUUAUAAAACUAAAAAUAUAUAAUAAUAAUAAUAUAAUAUUACACAGUAACUUAAAGCACAUUACAAAGACAUCUUUAUAUUAUAUUUUUAAUAUUACUUAUGUGUAGCUUUAAGAACGAAAUUAUUUAUUAGCACAAAAUAGAAAUAAACAUAUAUUCAUAAAUAAUAAAAAGAAAUGGAUAACUUAAUUCAGUCAUUAAAAAAGGAUUUCAAGGAAAAGGGUUUUGAUAUUGUCGAACCAUUUAGAGUUAAUGAAUAUAAUGGCGCAGCAUUACAUAAAUUAAAUAAUUUUGAAAUUGAAGAUGCAACAGGUAUUAUUAUUGGAUGUACUAAAAAUUUUUGGAAACACUUUGAAGAAUUUAUUAAAAGAAUUAACGAAAUUCCAAAAGAUCCAAUGAAUUCAUUUGUAAUCGAUACCAUCGAAAAUGUUAUAAAGAAUAACCAAAAAAUUCAAGAAUAUGAACACGAAAUUCGUUAUGAUUUCAAUACACCUGCCAGUGGUAAAUAUGUCCACAUCCAAACAUGUGGUCAUUUCGCAGGUGUUGCUGCCUAUGAUCAAGAUGUAAUGUGGUGUGUCCAUCCAACCUAUGGCUUAUGGUUUGUUUUUAGAAGUGUAGUUAUCAUUAAAAUCAACUAUGAAGGCAAAUCACCUGUUUUACCACCCAAAGAUUUAUUAUCAGACUUUGAUAAAUCUGAAAUGAAAAAACACACUCAAAUUGCCAUCGAUGAAGGUUGGUGUAAUUUAGAAACUCGUUUAAAAAUUAGAGAUGCUUGUCCAAUUGGUAAAGAAUUAUAUCGUUAUGAAGGUGACAUGUUUGAUUAUUUCUAUCCUUUAAAAAGAUCUUCAAAAAGUGUUUUAGAAGCAAUGUUGGUAAAUAACAGCAAUAGUAAUGGUAAAUCUGAAGAACAAAAAGAAUAAUGUGACAAAUAAAAAUAAAAAUAAAAUAAAAAGAAUAAAAAUAUAUUUUCGAUAACACCC